AUGGGUAAGCCCGUCGAGAGCGACAAAGCUAAGCGCUAUAUAUUACAAUUGGACGACGCUCGAUGUGCCGGCCGUUGGACGGAUGUUCCGGAGCUUUGUCGCAAAGUCGAAAAACAUGCCCCGCAUAGACGAUGCCUGACCCUCACCGCGAGGUCUGAAGCGCGCAUAUCGCAUCAUAGUACUCUCCGGCCUUCUACCGCCGCUUCUACCUCGUCCACCGGCCUCUCGCAGAUCAUACCUUCUUUGCUUACUGCCAUUGAUGAGGAGGUCGAUCAUGCCCAGGAUGCAUUCCAAGCGACAGUGUGCCUGGGCUGGCUACACUAUGUCCUCGAAGAACCUGGCCUUGCUGUGGUGAGGCUACCGAAGGACUUCACCACGGCUGCUGCGAAGCUGUCGAGCGAAGAUGGCAGCCUUAGCGGGUGGUCGCGCGUAUGCGUGGUCAAGGGCGCAUUCCUUAAAGGUUCCUCCCAGGAUAGAACAGGCGCGACCGAUGAGGCCAUUCAGACGUACAUGUCCAUUCUCCCAUGGCUUCGCUCUCUGGGCGACCUCAGCACUGAGUCGUACUUGUUCAAGAUGUGGACCGAGCGUUUACUGGUACGGCUCUGCCAACUCGUUGACCAAUCUAGAGAAACUGGCAGGUCCGUGGAGAUGGCAGACGCAUUGUACGCCUAUCGAUUAUGGGCCAGAUUCUACGAGACGGCAGGGACUUCUGGGGACAACGACAGUAUGACCCCGCAUCGGCGCUCUGCGUGGAAGGCGUAUUAUGCAACACUGUCAACAAUCCUUCAACAUGAUCUACCAUAUGAUGUUGAAGCCGGUGCUCAUAUCGAGGCGCAAUCCGAGAAACCGAACGUCAGAUUACGGCAGCGGGCAGAGUUCAAGCGAGUUGAGCUGGUGUACGAAGGCAUAUUGCUACAAGACAUUCAGUUUCCUAAAGCGAGUGGAGAUAAUAAGGAAAUUGAAGAGUGGACAGACGCAGUUAUUGCAAACUGGCGAGUUCUAUGCGGGCCAACGUGGGCAGACGAUGAUCUGGGCGAGGGCGGAAAGGAAGCGGUUGGCAGAGGAGUACUUGAUAUUUUGUACCGAGCCGCUACUAAGACAUUCCAUUCAACCCCUGUUCUUCGGCAUUUGUUCACAGUUCACGCAUCCCUCGCCGAGUUCGAGCUAGCUUUCAAAGCUUAUGAUUCCUAUGUGGAGAUCGUUACACGAGGAAAGGAUCGCGCUGAGAAAUCAGGCGAAGAAGACGUAGGAAUCGAUGAUGACAGUCUCAUCCUCCGGACGUCUGCUGAAGCUAUUCGACUACUGUGCAGAUUUGGGUCCAGAGCGGAAGUCGAAAAGGCCUUGCAAAUCGGCAAGAAUAUCGAGAAGUGGCUCGAACAAACCGAGCACAUCAAGUCCGCUACAUCAGAAGCUGGCUCAGUGCGAUCAUAUGAGGCCGUGAUAGCUCCCACAGCGCUUGCGGCUGCUUAUUGGGCGUUGGGAGUCAGCAAUGCUCAAUGGGCUCGCUUUACCUACGAUGCUAAUGCUCGCACAGCCAUCCAAAGCAAGGCUGCACAGUACCUGCGCAAGGCUCUCGAACCUCGUUUUGAAGACCCCAACAAUGUCGAAACUCUGUAUGCUCUGGGCAUGGUCUUGGCGGAGAUGCGAGAUAUUCCAGGAGCGAUCAAAGUGGUCAAGCACGCUCUAUCUGCGGCUACAAAAAAAGAUGAUCCGAAAGCUUCUAAGACUCUCGUGAGCGGCUUGCGCGCAGAGUUUGUGCGGGAACGGAGGCUCAUCCCCACGUGGCAUCUACUCGCACUACUUCUGACGGCAAGAACGGACUUCGUAGCUGCAGAAAAGGCAUGCGAAGCAGCCUUCGAACAAUUCGGAGACCCCACCAUUCUAUUCGGAAAGGAAGAGACGUCAGCGUACAGGAGCGAGCAUCUGAACAACAUGAAUGGCAGCAAUCAUAAUUCGAAUCCCAAGGGCUUGGUAGACCAGAUGCAGAGCUUCGAGAAAGCCGGGAUCCUGCAAAUCAAGAUGACACAACUGGCGCUUGUCGAAACCGUCGAAGGACCCAAUGCGGCCGUGGAUGGUUGCGAAGAACUACUGGCGCUCUUUACCAGAUUAUUUGGAAACAUAACCGCAGAAGCAGCGAAAUCACUUCCUGUUCCUUCGACCCCUAUGCCACCACCCAAAAGCUCGAAAGGCACAAUUAGAGGAAGCAUCUUCCGGUCAAAAAGCUCUGCAAGGAGUACCCAUGUGGAUGUUGGAGCGCGUAAUCUCUCCAUAGCCAGUUCGAGACCAUCGACCACGGCAACGCAAUUAACAACAGCUCCGGAAAUACAGGUAACCGAUGCAAAUGGCACGGAACAUGCCACUAAAAGUGAGCAUCACCACCAUCACCUCCCCCAUCCCUUCCAUCACAAACAUGACGAAGAAAAGGGGGGAGUGAAGCGAACCCCGAGCAAACUGAAGAAGCGUAGUGCAAAUAGCCUCCACAAAUCAUCGCCACAGGAGCCGGAUCAUGCUGGAGAUGUGCCUGCCGUCCCUGUUGAGAACACGAAUGGUGUUUCCGCGCGUACCAGCAUAUCUCGCGAGAAAUCUCCCAGGCGCCCUUCGAUGUCGAGUUCGGUUAGGAAGUCGAUGGAGAGCAACAACCGACCGUACCGCACAAUAUCGCAGACUGCACCCCAUUCACACCGGAGGGAACCGUCUUUACCCCCGCUGCGAUCCCCGCAGCCAGCUACGAGGAUGUCACACUCAGACGUACAAGGCCUGAGCUCCGAAUAUAUCCCUCCGGAGCCGCAUUUCUCAACUGCCCAAGUGCGGCGGCAUAAAAUCACGUUGCUGAUCGACAUAUGGAUCUUCAUAUCAGGUCUGUAUGCGCGUGCGGGAAUGUACGACGAUGCCCAGGGCGCAGUGGCCGAAGCCUUCAAGCUGGUCGAAAGCCUGGAAGCAGAGGCCUCGCCAGACUCGUCUGGUAGCAAGGCACUAGCUCACAGGGGUUGGGGCGGAGCGCGAAGUAUAGACCGGCUCUGGGCGGAUGUUUACGCUGCGCGCGGAGACCUGAAAUGCAUUCAAUCUUCCAAACACGCCGCAAAAUCCGACUACGAGCAAGCACUUCUGCAUUUCCCUGACCAUGCCGAGGCGAUUGUCGGGUUAUCCAACAUCCUGCUGGAUAUCUACAGCAAGGUGAUACCACUCGAGCCGAGUGAGCGGGAACAAGCAGGCGCCGUAGAGGGAUUUAACCCGCUCUCUCCGCCUUUGGAAACCCUGGUUUCAGACCCUCACAAAGACGUACACUCGCACGCAAAGUCUGAAGGGCAAACGCAAUCCCAUACACAGCAGCAACACCACCCUCACCAUCAUCAUCACCAUCACCAUCACACCCCGCACACGCACACGCCCUCCGCGGAAAACACAAUCUCUCCGCCCGAACUGAGCCGCGUCGCCGCCCGGGACCGAGCCUUUGGCCUGCUGUCUACCCUGACGAAGCUGGGCCAAGGGUGGGACUACUCGGAGGCGUGGUAUGCGCUGGCCCGGGCGUACGAGGAGAGCGGGCAGGUGGAAAAGGCCAAGGAGGUGCUGUGGUGGUGUGUCGAGUUGGAGGACACGCGGCCCGUGAGGGGGUGGGGGGUAGUAGCGGCUGGUGGUGGUGGUGCUGGGUGGGGAGAGGGGGGCGGGUUUGUGCUGUGA